AUGGGUGACCAGCAGAAUAUCUCUCAGCUUCUGGCAGCCUUAGCUGCCCACCAGGCGUCUGCUACAGCGGGACAGACAUCUUCGCCUCACCAAGGGCAGCUGCCUCUAAACGCAUACUCUGGAACAUACCCUCUCCCAGCGUCAUCAACUAAUGUUGGGAACUAUUCUUUGCCACCUCCCGAUAAUACCGGGAGCUUAGAUAUCAGUGGCGCCAAACCCAUCAACACCGGCUCGGUCAGCAUAGCGGACGCAAUCGCUAAGGCGCGAGUCAUUGCUGCUGAGAAAGGAAUUGUAUAUGAUCCAAACAGAGUAGAUUCACGACGAGACCCCCGAUCUUACCAUCGUUCACGAUCGCCGUCAAGAAGCCCCCCGCGCAUUACGCGUGAUACCUACCGCGAUAAUUAUAACCCGUAUCGCGAUGAGCGUCGGCCUGAUAGGCGAAAUGUAAAUGAGCGUGCUUAUGCACGGGAACGUUCCUUCUCCCCUCGCCCCGGCGGUCGAGGAAAGGAGUCAUACUCUCCAAAGCCUUCAAGACAAUAUUGGGGAGCAGAUGAUAGGUCCCCUCCCGGUCGAAGAGCGGGUAGUAUUGUUGACGAUAAUGUGGAAACCAUUAGUGUUGAGUCUAGUCUGGUUGGUCUGAUUAUCGGCCGCCAGGGCGAGAGUCUGCGGAGAAUCGAGUCAGAUACCGGGACAAGGAUACAGUUUCUGGAUAAUGCGGAUCCCAGCAGUUCGGUCAGACUGUGCAAGAUUACGGGAAAUAGGGCUGCAAGAGAAGAUGCUAAAGCCGAAAUCACGCGAAGUAUCAGUGAGAGUGGUGUGUCUCGAUCCAGCAACAAACCACCUGGCCAUUUGCCUUCUAAAGCGAUGGGUCAGCCUCCCCAGGACGACGAAGAUGCUGUACGGAUCAUGGUUCCUGACCGGACGGUUGGCCUCAUUAUUGGCCGCGGAGGAGAGACAAUCCGAGACCUCCAGGAACGAAGCGGGUGCCAUGUGAAUAUUGUUAAUGAGAGCAAAAGCGUCAACGGGCUUCGCCCUGUCAAUUUAAUAGGAUCGCCAGAGGCAACUGAGAGGGCGAAGAACUUCAUCCUUGAAAUCGUUGAAAGUGAUACCCGGCAACUUGCGAACCCACAGCAGCGGGAACAGCGCCCGCCAUAUGGAGAUUCUACUGGGGGACCCGGCGGGGAGAAGGUUAAUGACACGAUAUAUAUCCCUCCAGAUGCUGUUGGGAUGAUUAUCGGAAAAGGUGGGGAUACUAUCAAGGAAAUGCAAGCUAUUACCGGUUGCAGGAUCAAUAUUCAGUCCCCCGUUGGCCGUGAUGCUGAACGAGAAGUCACAUUAGUCGGGAGCAGAGGUGCCAUCGAAGAGGCAAAGAGAAUGAUAAUGGAGAAAAUCGAGAGCCCAGAAUACAAAUGUCGUUCCCAGCCCUCACGCCGUGACGACUCGUAUGGUGAACGGUACUCCUCCAGGCCGCAGCAGCGCCAGCCGUACUACCAGGAGCAGAGCAGACAAGCCCCGCAAAAUUCUGCUCCGCAACCGGGGUCCUCUCAACCAGGCGGCGAGGAGGAUCCCUAUGCCCGUUGGGGAGGCUACCAGAAUUGUAUCGCGUAUUGGUACGCUACCAUGCAGCAACAAGCACAACAACAGCAGGCUGGCCAAGUUCCACCGGGUCAUUCUGAACCACCUCCUGGACCACCUGGAGUCUCAUAA